AUUCAACAAAAGACCAAGCUAUGAUAAAGCAGUUAUAUAAAUGUGGAUGUCUUCAAGCUAUUCCGGAAAGUUACGAAAAUAUCGAGGAUCAAUUUUGGAAUGCAUUUCAGGAUGCCUUAGAUA